GGAACAUGUGAAUUCAAUUCAGUCACGGUCUGGAAGUUGAAAGUAUAGGUCGAGCUUAAGUGGAUGUUAAACUUUUGCCUUUCUUCCUUCAAUUUAAAAAAAAAAUACAUUUGGUUUAUCUUUCCCAGAAUGUGGCUAGUUGUGUUUUGUAGUUUUAUUGCAAUUGCAACGUCGAAUAAUAUUGUUCAUGGGUUAUAUCAUAAGGGUGCAAAUGGGACUGAGCAGUAUUACGAUAAAGUGAAAAAUUUUGAUUACUAUGGCAACUUUACAUCGGAUAGUGAUAGUUCAGAAUAUAAUACACGUCAUUUUCAUUCCAAUGCAAAUCGGAAUAAAGAGUUUAAAAGGCCAGCAACAACACAAAUUUUUACAGUAGAUGUCUGUGCAAAGGCUGGAUGUAUUCGUGGAAAAAUUGAAAAUGGUCGAUUGAGGCCAUAUGAUGCAUUCUACGGGAUCCCCUAUGCUGAGCCACCAGUUGGAGAGUUAAGAUUGGAAAAUCCAGUUCCAUACAGAGGAUGGGAGGGCUAUUGGGAUGCUACUUACCCACGGAGUGAUUGCACUCAGAGAAAUGUUUUUCUCUAUACUCAACCAAUUUUAGGCUCUGAGGAUUGUCUCUACUUGAAUGUCUAUCGUCCGAAAUUGUAUUCACAAAACAAGAAAAAUGCAAAGAAACUCCCAGUAAUGGUGUGGAUUCAUGGAGGAUCAUUAAUGUCAUUCUCAUCAAGUCCUGAUCAAUUUGGUCCUGAAUAUUUAAUGGACAAUGGAGAAGUUAUUCUUGUCACUCUCAACUACAGAUUGGGGAUGUUUGGUCUGCUAUGUUCCGGUGAUGAAGCUGUUAAGGGAAAUUUUGCAUUAAAAGAUCAACAACUUGCUCUCAAAUGGGUUGCAGCUAAUAUUGAGUCUUUCGGGGGAGAUACCAAUUCAAUAACUCUCUUGGGACAAAGUUCUGGUGCUUCUUCAGUUCAGCAUCAUAUAAUGAAUCCUGUUUCUUCAGCUCUUUUCCAUCGUGCGGUUUUAAUGAGUGGCAAUUCUAUAGCUCCUUGGGCAUUUUCAAAAGAUUGGGCAUUAAAAUUUAGAUUGAGUGCUCGGAAUAGUGGAUUCGAAGACUGGGAAACAGCCUCGACGUAUGAAUUGGCAAAGCAUUUUAAGAAAUUACAUGCACUUCAGCUUGUCUUGGCUUUUGAUGAACUCUUCAUUUCUGCAUUAACACCCCCAACACCAUUGCGUCCUUGCGUGGAAGGAGACUGGGAAGGGGCUUUCCUGAGGGAUGAUCCCAGAAAAAUUUGGGCUGAAGGGAGAUUUGAACCGAAACCCAUUCUAAUUGGUACAACCACUGAAGAUGGAACUUUUUCAUCAGUAGUACCAACUAAUCAUAGAAGAUUGGAGGAAUUCAAUGAAAAUAUUUAUGAGUACCUGCCAAUUCAGAUGGAUUUCGAUCCUAAAUAUGCGGAAGAUGUUAUUAAAUUUUAUCUUGGAAAAGAUUACAUUGAUGAUAGCAAUGUUGAAUCCUAUUACAAGUUGGUUGGAGACAGAGCUAUCGUUUAUCCGAUGAUAACAGUCGUUAAUCAAUACCUCCAAUAUGCUGAUGUUCAGAAAAAUCCAAUUUAUAUUUAUGAAUUUGGAUUUCAGAGUCAGUACACAUUUGUAAAAUAUUAUACUGGCAAGAACAUAAAUCUGGGAGUUAGUCAUAUUGACGAUUUAAUAUACCUCUUCACGAUGUCCGCAUAUUUUCCGUUGUUUGAUCCUAAAUCUCCAGAAGGUGUGAUGUCGGAUAUUUAUGUGCGGACUAUCGUUAAUUUUGCUACUCGAGGAGAAGUCAAAGCUUGGGCAUCAUACACUCCGUGCACAUCCAAUACGAAUACUCCCUUCUGUGAUCGUCAGCUAUUCAGGAGAUUCACGAAAUCAAACCCAGAUUCGGUAAUUGUAUCAGUUACCGAUCAAAUUGAUGUGAAAAUGGUUGAAUUGUGGGAUAGAGUUGAUAGAGAUAGGGAUUAAUUACGCUGAAUACCCAAUUGAAGUCAAUUCUAAUGUUUGAGAAAAUGUAAUGAAAUAAAAACAAAUAAAAAAUUGAUAUUCUAAAGAAAAAUAAAGGCAAAAAAUACUUUGGAAAAUCAACCAG